GGAAAAGGGCGGAGCUUACCUCUCAUCAGGACCAGUCUGGCUGCACCUGCAUCUUUAGCUCAGAGCAUCCCUAGAGCAUCUUAGGUGGACCCGCAGCUGGCACGGUGAGGCCAGGCCAUCGCAGGAGAAGUCUUCCUCCUCCGUUCCCCUUAUCGGCAUCUUGCAGCUGCGGCCUUUGCACUAACAGAGGGGUGCAGGAGUUGUCGGGAAGCUGGGAACCCAUUUACAGCAAGUGCUGCUGAUUACGCCAUGGCCGAGAUCACCAACAUUCGACCCAGCUUUGAUGUCUCCCCCGUGGUGCUGGGGCUCAUCGGGGCUACCGUAUUGGUGGUGUCUGUGUCUGUGACAGUCUUUGUCUGGACCUGCUGUCACCAACAGGCUGAGAAGAAGCACAAGACACCUCCUUACAAGUUUAUUCACAUGCUCAAGGGCAUCAGCAUUUACCCUGAGACUCUCAGCAACAAGAAGAAAAUCAUCCGUGUGAGGAGAGACAAAGGCGGCCCCGGGAGGGAAGGUGGACGAGGGAAUCUCUUGGUGGAUGCGGCCGAAUCGGGUCUCCUAACCCGAGAGAAGAGUCCUGGAGUACUGAGCACGACCCCUUGUAUAGAUCAGCUCCCCAUCAAGGUGGACUAUGGUGAUGAACUAAGCCCAGUUCAGAGCCUGACUCCUGGGGGAAGCAAAACAGCUUCCCCAUCCUCCCCAGAAGAAGAUGUUAUGCUGGGGUCCCUUACCUUCUCAGUGGACUAUAAUUUCCCUAAAAAAGCCCUGGUAGUGACAAUCCAAGAGGCCCACGGCCUGCCAGUGAUGGAUGACCAGACCCAAGCUUCUGAUCCCUACAUCAAAAUGACCAUUCUUCCAGACAAGCGACACCGGGUGAAGACAAGGGUGCUACGCAAGACACUGGAUCCCGUGUUCGAUGAGACCUUCACUUUCUAUGGCAUCCCCUACAGCCAGCUGCAGGAUCUCGUGCUGCACUUUCUGGUCCUCAGUUUCGACCGGUUCUCCCGGGAUGAUGUCAUCGGUGAGGUCAUGGUACCGCUGGCUGGGGUGGAUCCCAGCACUGGCAAGGUUCAGCUGACCCGGGACAUCAUCAAGAGAAAUAUCCAGAAGUGUAUUAGCAGAGGAGAGCUGCAGGUAUCCCUGUCCUACCAGCCGGUGGCACAGAGAAUGACAGUGGUGGUCCUUAAAGCAAGACACUUGCCAAAGAUGGAUAUCACCGGUCUCUCAGGUAAUCCCUACGUCAAGAUGAACCUCUAUUACGGCAGGAAGCGCAUCGCCAAGAAGAAAACCCACGUGAAGAAGUGCACUUUGAACCCGGUCUUCAACGAGUCCUUCAUCUACGACAUCCCCACCGACCUGCUGCUCGACAUCAGUAUUGAGUUCCUCGUCAUCGACUUCGACCGCACCACCAAGAACGAGGUGGUGGGAAGGCUGAUCCUGGGGGCCCACAGCGUCACGGCGGCCGGCGCGGAGCACUGGCGAGAGGUCUGCGAGAGCCCCCGCAAGCCGGUGGCCAAGUGGCACAGUCUGAGCGAGUACUAAUCCCGAGCCCUCGCCCCCCGACCCCGGGGAGGGGGGGGGCAUCGGAGGGAGGGGCGGUGAUGGAGAGAGGCGGACUCAAACCUCAUUUUAGUCAUAGGAAAAACUUUCGUACAAAACACAACCCACGAAGGACAGACACCUUACUCGACCCCAGCAACAGAUUGAUUCUUUGGCUCCUAGCAAUGAGGUUUUUUUUUUUUUCCUUUUUACAAGGUACUAGAAAUUCAAAAAAAUAAAAAAUAAAAAUAAAAAAAAGGAAAAAGGGGGGAAAAUGAGGAAAAAAGCGGGAAAGACCCCAUACAAGUCUAUAUAUAACAAUGUAACCACAUAAUUGCAUGUCUAAUACAAACUGAAUCGAUUAGUGUAACUUCCAAUAUCCAGUUACAGAUUUUUAAUCCAUGAAAAAGUCGUGUUCUGUGCUGAAUUGUGUUUGCUGAGGUUCACCUGAAACUAGCCUCUCUUUACCAGGCUUCUCUGAAGGGUGUUGUGGUUUGUUUGGUUGGUUUUUUAAUUCCAAAUUUUGCCGUUGAACACCUCAUCUCCUCAUCCACCAUCUUGGUCUCGGUCUCCUUUCCAGCCUCUCCCCAGGAAAUGGGAGAGAUCCCGGGCUGCUGCCUAACCAAGGAAUAAGCCAAAAGCUAUACAGUCUGCCCUCACCGAGAAACGAAGGCAGGGCUGGGCAGGAGAAAGGAUUCUGUUUGUUUUUGUUCUGUUUACCAAUAGGAAGAAAAAUCUAGCUAAAUGAGCUGUGGGGAUGGCUGACAGAUGCUGUCCCUUAAAUGGGCCUCAUCUGCUGGAACCUGGGGUUGUGACUCAGCCAGACUUCCCCUUAAGGAACAUGGAGGUGUCAGUUCAGAGGAUCUCUUAGGGCAAAAGGGGAGAGGGAAGGGAAGGGAAAUCCAAAGGGCCAGGACCCAAAGAGAAUGCCAUAGUCUUGAGAUUUAUGUAAUGGUCCCCAAAUAUUCAGCCUCUUUCCAGCUGAGAAGGGUGAGGGAAGGGAGGACAGAAGGACAUUUGCCUGCCCAUUUUGCUGCUAUAUACAGAAGUCAUCCAGACUAAAAUCUGCAUGGUUUAAGGGUUAGAUGGGCUGGUCUAUGGUUUUUCUAAACAUUGUCCAAGGAAUUUUUCUGGAAUGGCCUAAAGCCUUAUUUGGAGGUUAACUUUUGUUCCCUAAAGGAAGAUAUUCUUAGAAAUGACUCUUCCUUGAAGUUUCAAUGAUUGCCCUUAGGAAGAAAAUGAUGGUGAUGAGGAUGUAAAGAGUAAUAAUAAAAGCUCAAAUCCCUAACUUUCUAAGUCAAAAAGUGCCACCCUCAGCAAAAAGUAUGUUGCCAUCAUCCUUGGAUUUCUUUAACACCUUUUCUGCCGUCCCCAAACCCCAAAGUUACAAAGUACAUGUAUGACCUCACUGAGUUUCAAAACUUUCAGGGGAGUUGGGGGUGAUUUAGAGAUUUUAAUCAGUUUCUUCUACACGGUAAAAUAGGGCGUCUUGAGAAAUUUGGCCACUUGUCCAGAGUCCUGAUCAGUGGUUGAACUGGGAAGAUAAUUCAGGUCUCCUAUCUUCCAGCCCAAUGAUCUUUUCCUUAGUUUUCUGAGGAUUUAGACAACUGCCUCUGGGGGAUAGCCUGAAUAUUAGUGGAAUCCAAAUUGCCACAUAGGGCAUCCCUCAGCCUACAAAAGGAAUCAGCCACGUGACAGCUUGAGCCAGGAUCCUGAUGAUCUUCUUUCAUUAUACCAGUGAGGUACCACUAUACUUAAAAAGGUUUUCCCGAUUUGCUUCCAAGGAGGGCUACAGAAGUCAGGUGGCUUAUCAAAGGAUGUACAUCUUGCCUUGAACCUUCCAGGUUCUUCUGCAGACAAUUAAAAAAAAAAUCCUCCCACCUCAUGCUUCCCAAAAAUAAAGAAUCCCUUGUAGGUUUUUUUUAAUCACAUCUCUUAAAAAUUGGAAGAUUUGAAUAGGUAAAAAUAAAUAAAUAAAUAACAAGAGUCCUCCCUUUCCAUCCCUCACCCCAAUUCUUUUCCUUUUUCCUCCAGCAUUCUGGCUCACAUUUCCUCCCACCUUUAAGUUGUGUUCAGAAAACUAGUCUCUGUCCUGUGCCCCAAGGAUUGUAAAUACUGUAUCAUACGUAGAAAAAAAUAAUUUUUUUUUUGGUUUUCUAAAAGCUCACUUUGAGAUAGUUUAAUGUAAAUCCAACAGGCGCGUUUUGAAGCCCGUCUAGGAAGAAAUGGAAAUGGUUCCUCUUCAUCGCCUUAAUGCCUAAAGAUCAGAAAUCCCUGAGCAUCCCCACUUCUGUUUCCUUCCCAGAAACAAUGCAAAGCAACUGGUGGAGAUAGCUGGGCUUUGGCCCUGCUGUGUGUGUGCCUCUAUAGCUCCUCCUGACAUAAGUUUGGGAAAACUGCCUCUCCCCUUUCCCCACUCCCAUUCACCCCUCACUCUCCCACCUUCCCUGGUAGCUUUAUUCUUCCCAUCCUUUGGAUCUCCCGAGUAGUGAACGGGUGGGGAGGGGAUAGGGGAACUGUCAACAGUAACUUGGGGGGGUGGGGGGAGGAGGGCUGACCUCCAUGACUGACUUUCUCAGAGAAAGAUAAUGUUGGGGACAGGGAUAGCUUACCAGGUUCUCCCUACCUACCUCAGGCCUGAUCCAUUGGUGACCUUGACUUUGUUGACCCAAAGUUUCAUUAGUUGGCUGUGGUCCUCUGGCCUUCUCCUUCCAAGGAUCACUGUCAGGGCAGAGCCAGAGGACCAAAUCCUCCUAGGAAUCAUUUGGUAGGCAAGAGAGUCACAGUCUCACUUUUUCUUUUUCUUUUUUCUUCUUUGCACAAGACUCUAUCUCUAUUUGUCUCUUUCUCUGUUUUUCUCUCUCACUUUUUCUCUUUCUGUCUUUCUCUUUUCUCUGUUUCUGUUUUUCUCUCUUUUUCUCUCUCAUUUUCUGUCUUUCUCUUUGUCUCUCAUUCUCUCUCAUCUCUCUCUGUUUUUCUCUCUCUCUUUCUCUCUGUCCUUCUCUUUUCUCUGUCUCUGUUUUUCUCUGUUUUUUUCUCUCUCAUUUUCUUUCUCUUUUUGUCUCUCUCUCUCUCUCUCUCUCUCUCUCUCUCUGUCUCUUUCUCUCUCUCUCUCUAAGGGUCAGGAAUAGGUUUGGGAAAUUGAGAUUUGUUUUUGGAGGGCUGCCCUGCCUCUGGGCAUUUCCCUUAUAGGAAGAAUAGAGCUUUUAUCAGCAUCAAAAGCCCCCUUCUAGAGUGGUUCCUUUUUUUUCUAGCUCUUUCUGAUAGGAACCACCAAGAAAAAUAUCCCUGUUGAAUUGGAAUAGAGCUUGCUCCCAAUCCAAAAUCCAGACACAAUUGGUUAUCCGGACAGAGACAGCUUGUUCAGGGGAGGGACUGAGGAGGGCAGGUCGCAUGUCCAGAAAGGCUCUCACCAUCACCAAGGUAGGAACACUGCCCUCACCACAAUCCCUCUCCAACGUGAUCUUUCUUUACCUUGUGUCUUCUCUUGUAAAAAUGAAACUCAGAAAUGUCUAAAACAAUUAAAUAAAAGUGUGUCAAAAAUUUUAAAUAGAAAAAAACAACAAAAAAAACAGAAAAACAUCUAACAUGAACUGUGUGACAUUGCAUAACGCUGUGAUGCUAACCUUACACUAUGUAACGCUAUCUUGUUUGUUGGAUUUGUUAAUGCACAGUGCGCGUGCAGAAUAAAGACUGAUUCACAUUCA